CGCAUGAAGUUCAUUGGUGGCAAGACAGAUAUCCGUUCGGUGCCGGCCGAACAACAUCUCGCAAACGUACAGCGAUGGCGAAAGUUUCGCAACUUGCUUCUCAAUUGGCAGCAGUUUUAGUCUUGCUGCAGCUAUGGCUCAUGCUGGCAACUGUCGGUGGUUCACCGACAUGGGUCGUACGGCGUGACGUGAAAAGCGCAACUGAAACUAAUCCACAAGAGGUACAAGAUGUCCAAAAAACUCAACCGCGAAUUUAUUUUAUGGACAUUGUGUCCGACAUUCGGCUUCGUUACGCUUCGACCAAAGUCACGUCAAAAGUUUCCAAUCCGUCCAGAAAAGCUCAGGAAGCCACUUUCCAUGUUGUUCUGCCAGAAACGGCAUUCAUUUCCGGUUUCUUAAUGGAAAUUGACGGGAAAGAGUACAAAGCCAGUGUCAAAGAAAAGGAGAAAGCUCAAGAAGAAUAUCAGAGCGCCGUCGAUGCGGGACAGUCUGCCGCUCAAGUCACCGCAAAUGCUCGUAAUGCCAAUCAAUUCACCGUGUCAGUUAACAUUGAACCCGAGCAGAAAAUAUUUUUCAAUUUGACGUACGAGGAGUUGCUGUCUCGACGCAAAGGAAUUUACGAACAUGCAAUUCACGUCACUCCGGGCUCAGUUGUACCGAAAAUGAGCGUUCGUGUCAACAUAUUCGAGACACUUCCCAUCAACAAAAUCGCCGUCCCUCAAUUGCGCGGAAAUGACGUUGAACAAGAUCACAAUUCGACUGAGAACGAGAUAGCCCAAAUCAUCCGCACAAACGAAACCACCGUCGUGAGUGUCGUUUACGAGCCGACAGAGGCCGAGCAAAUUAAAAUCUCAAAGGAUGGACUCCAGGGACAGUUUGUCGUGCAAUAUGACGUGGAUCGAUCAUCCAUUGAAAAAAAAGGAGGAGAAAUUCACGUGGUCGACGGAUAUUUUGUCCAUUUCUUUGUCCCGGCUGAUUUGCCGACGCUUCCCAAACACGUCAUCUUCGUGCUGGACACGAGUGGCUCCAUGGCCGGAACAAGAAUUGAGCAAACCAAACAAGCCAUGAAUUCCAUUUUAGACCAACUUAGAAAGGACGAGGACAUCUUUAGUGUUGUCGAAUUUUCUUCGGGCGUCACGGAAUGGGAUUUGAGGAAACCUUACAAGGGACCUGAUCAUUAUUACUUCAACUCUGCACCAGAAGAAACAACAGAAGACGCAACAGCUGUCCCACAAACAAAUGAAUCGGAAGUGAAAUUCGGACCUUAUGACGACAUUUUGGCGUAUCCCGUAACGGAACAAUCCGUCAAACGAGCCAAGGAAUUUGUGGCCGCAAUGGACGUCACUUCUUCGACCAACAUCAACGAUGCCCUUUUGCUGGCCCUUAAAAACAGCCAGUCGGUUCAAUCACGAGUCCGUCUCACGCCCAUCAUCAUCUUCCUGACUGACGGCGAACCCACGGCGAGCGUCACUGACACGACCGAAAUUCUGAAAAAUGUCCGCAAAGGCAACAGCGACGAUGUCGUCAGCAUUUUCUGUUUGGCCUUUGGGACGGGCACCGAUUACCAAUUCCUGACGAAAAUUUCUAGUCAAAAUCGCGGUUUCGCACGAAAAAUCUACGAAGCUGCCGACGCCACCCUCCAGCUGAAAGGAUUUUUCGACGAAGUGGCCUCACCGCUGCUUAGCAAUGUCAACUUUGUUUACAACAACAACGGGCCGGUAAAACAUGACGUCACCGAGACCAACGUGCCAAACUUCUUUAAAGGCACCGAGUUCGUGGUGGCUGGACGGAUUGAUCCCAAAUUCAACUUGAGUGCAUCCAUCAGUGGAACCGGAGUCAGUGGUUCCUUUUUAUUUCCCAAUAUUAGUCCCAUCAUGAGGAUUUGUGCCCCACCGGUUACACCAUGGGACUGUCCCGACAUCGUAGUACCAGCUGCCCCUAAUGUCACUGUUAGUAAACCGAAAAAGAGGUUUUCAUUGGAAAAGAUUUGGGCGUACAUGACGAUCCAAGACAUGUUGAGGAAACGCCAAAUUAUCGACGAUGCCAAGAGAAUCGUCGAAAUUAACGAAAAGGCCCUGAAUCUCUCCCUUACGUAUGAUUUCGUCACACCUCUGACAUCACUGGUGGUUGUUAAACCCAAUUGCACAGCAACUGCAGCUGAUCUCCGUCCUGCGGACGCUCAAACAAUUGAUGAUCUUCGUGCACCAUCGCCAGUUUACGCUUUAUCAGCAGCGCCGGCGCCCCCGUUUCUAGUUGGAGGGUUUCCCCCAUAUUUCGCCCAACUUUCGAGCCCAUUAGCUCCAGUUCCAGCUCUCGAGAGUUUUGAAUUGGCGACUGAGAAUUCUCCAGAAAGUGAAUAUGGGACAGUGGAAAGUGAGACGCUGGAACCUCAAACGUUUAAACCUGAAAAUUGGAUCAAACAAUUUGACCAUAAUGCGACCCACGUUAACAUCGCAUCCGGCAAUGAAACUUUCAAUCUCCUAUGGACUGACGAAUUGCCGGAUGACGAGUACGAAUCUUGUUCCGCGAAUCGACUCCCUCACGCUGUUUGCAAGUCAAUUUGGAAGUGUUCCAAAAUUGUCUCUACUUAUCUGUUAAGGGGAUCCAUCACGAACGGCAGUACUGCUUGCAUUAUUAAAAACGGCAUGAAAGAGUACGUCGGUGUUUGCUGUGACUUAACCAAGACACCCUCUUUCGAAAAUACAGCUGCCUUAGAGGAAGUGACCGAAAACCUUGAAUCCCAAAGUGAUGGUGGUGCGUUAUACCUGUAAAAUCGUAAUUAUUUUUCUAGCUUUGGUCGUUUUGAUGAUGCCAUUAUGCUUAAGUGCUUGAUUAUUGUUGUUCAAUUUUUGGCUUGCUAUAUGCAGUAUGUAAUUCACUCGUUGAAAUAUGGCGCUCGUUUAUAUAAAAGGGCUCUUCACCAUUGUUAAUGUUAACGUCAAUAAUAAGCUCAUCGCAGGUGUGAAUAGGAAUAAAACCUGGAUGUGCGUAAUUAAUUUGGUUUACUUCAGCUUCCUGUAUUUAAUUUGUUUGGCAGAGAAUACAACGCAGUUCAAUUGCAUUCCAUAUUUAUUUUCAAGAUAGCUCGUGAAAAAAACAAAAUUAUUUCGAUGGCUGUCAUAUAUCAUUUCAGCUAUAGCGCAGUGUCUGUUUUCAUUCAGUAGAUAAAGGUGAACUUUUGAUCGUACACGACUAGUUCACAGGCCGGCGGGCAUCUUUCGUCAUUUCAAAUUCCAUUAACGUUUCAAUCUCUAAAUUUCUUAUAUGACUGUUGCGCGUGUUUAUUAUCUACUUGCCGCCAGACGCGUUACCAUGGUGAUCGUUAUCUAUAGUCACACUCACUUGUAGUAUACAAUAUCGGAAUGGCUUUCUCUCUACUUAAGAAAACAAAAUGGAAGGGAAUAGAAGAGCAACAGAUUUACAAUUGACUUUUAUUGGUGUUCGUCACAUUGGCAAAACAUCGCUCCUCCGAUCCUACAAUUCAGGACGAUUCGAUUCCACCCAACUGAGUGAUGAUCUACAACGGAUUACCAUUACGGAAGACACAGUCCAAGACAUCCAGGUGGAUGGAAUUUCGUACCCUUUCAGGCUGCGUGACACGUUCCUGAACUCGUUCGAUGAAUAUUUCACGUCUGAACGUCUUUUCCCUCUUCAAUGCCUCAACACUACUGCUUUGGUAGCUUGCUACGCGGUGGAUGAUCGAGCAUCUUUUAUGAAGCUAAGAGAAUUUAUUCUUUUGGCUUCUCAUUAUCUACCGCCUGGCACUCCCAGAAUCGUCGUUGCCACAAAGAUCGACCUCAGAGAUUUAACCGAAACCAACAGCUGUGUUAGCACAGCAGAGGGAAGGGCCAUGAGCAGACAGAUGAAUGCAAACGCAUUUGUAGAAUGUUCGGCUCUUUCGGGUCAAAACCUCCGACAGGCUUUUGAGGAAGCCGCCAAAGCAGCCGUGAAACAUCGAUCUCAGAUUAAAGAGAAGAAAAGAUGCACGAUAUCGUGA